UUAAAGUGGAAGUGGAAUCGUUCUUCAAUUUUUCUCGUCGCAGACAUGGAGACUGCUCUAAUGUGGUGCUUUUGGUGGUCAUCUGUACUUCUGUUGCUGUCGGUGGUCAUCUGUCACGGGUUCCAUCUCCAUGGUCCAUCUGAUCCUCUCAUUGUCCAUCUGGGAGGCUCAGUGAUGCUGCCCUGCUUUGUAGAAACUCCUCUACCAAUGGAAGAACUGGAAGUGGAGUGGAAAAGAAAUGACUCUGAAACUCUAGUGCACUUGUGGCAGGACGGAGAGAGUCGACCAGAGUCUCAGAACCAGCGUUAUCAUGAAAGAGCUCAUUUCUUCACUGAGGAGAUCGCUCAUGGAAACUUCUCUCUCUUCCUUACAAAUGUGACCUGUGAAGAUGUAGGAGUUUAUAAGUGUGCUGUUUACACAAAACUGGACUCUGAUGAAACUCUGAUUGAAAUAAAGGAGACUGAGCGCUUGAUCGUGUCUGGAGGCCACGUCAUAUCUGCUUAUGUCGGUGAAGAUGUCACUCUGAAUUGCUUUGUAGACUCAAAUAUCCCACUGGAAAAUAUAGAAGAGGUGUCAUGGAAGAAAAUGGAUGAAGAUAUCUUAGUGCUGUUCUAUCAGGAGAGUGAGGUCCUGACAGACUCAUCCCAUGAGAGAUACAGAGACAGAGUCGAGCUCUUCAGUGCUGAAGAAAGGAACAAAGGAAACUUCUCAUUGAGACUGAAGAGUGUUCAAACUGAGGACAAAGGGCUGUAUAUAUGUUUAGCAUUCUCUGGGGCAUUAUCAGACAAUACAACUGUGGAAGUGCUGCAGCUGGGUUUUUCCUUUAUGCAUAUUGGAAUUUUUGUAUUAUGUAUACUUGGAUUUGUCUUUGGAUCACUUAUCCUAGGCUACCUAUCUUUUACAUCUUUUAAAAAUAAUGAUGACAGCAGAAGAGCCCUAGCUAUACAGUGUGCACAUGUCCUUUGUCCUAAUAUUACUAUGUCUAUUGUCUUCAUCCUUUGGGGUGUUACUGAGGGGUUUUUUACUGAAGCAGCAACUUGUUCAGCACUUAAUUUUGCUAGGAUCCUUUUCCUACUUUGGAUUGCUCUCCAUCUGAAAACAUUUCAAGAUUAUCUCCACCAGUUAAUUAACCGCUUGGCAAUUCUACUACAGUUUGGUUUGAUAACUCUUGUUGCUUAUUUACCUAUUCUUGUGGAUGUCUGGUAUAAAACAGACACUGUAGGGAAAGUGUUGAUUCUGGUAGGUCCGCAACUGGGGUUCAUUCCAGCUCUUCUGUAUCUUAUCGCUACAGUAUGCUGUAGAAGAAAUCUACAAACCUACAGAAUUACAGAAUUACAGAUUACAGAAAUCAUCAAUGCUCUCCGAAUGGUGGCUAUUAUGUUAUCAUAUAGACUUCAUCUCAAAUAUUUGACUUUGGCAAUAUUUCCACUUUUGGUAUUCAUCUGGUUUUUUUGUCAUGCUAUUGGCAAACGUCUGUUUUUACUCUGGAUAUCAGUGAUGAUGAUCCUGAAGGUUCUAAGUGCAUCAGUGUCGAGCUACAUCCAUUAUAACUUUGUGUAUAAUGUGAAAGAACGUGACGCAUUCACCUGUGUGACUGCAUUGCUUAACACCUUGACUGUGAUGAUACUGUUUACAAGUCUAACGCAUUUGUCAGAAACAAACACUGUAACCACUCAUGCCUCGAGUGAAGAAGAUCUGAGACAGGGAGAGGAGGAGGUGACUGAGAUAUUUGAAGAAGAAGUUACAAAAUCUGACUCCAGAAACACUGGGACACAGCGAUCUUUAUCCCAUUUGGUUGUGUUCGUGUUUGGUACAGCGGUGGCUGUUUUUGUGAAUGCUGUUGCGUUAUUAGUAGAGCUGAUCCUAAAAUCAAGAAAUGGCCAGCGUACAGUGGAUCUGCGAGUUAUUCUCCUACCAACUGAAUGUGUCUUUGCUGUAUGCUGCCUUGCUUUACAACUGUUUGCUUUCUGGCAGGAGAACAGAGAAAGAUUUAGAGAAGACAUAAAGAGGCUGCGAGGAUUGUGUGGGUGUAAACAGACACCGACGAACUCACCUCCAGAAAAUCGUGAACAUGAACUUGAGAAUUUAGCUCCUGCAUCUCAGCCCUCAGGGUCUUAGCAGCAAAAAUUCCUCAAACACAAACCCAGAAGAUUGCCAAAGUACAAAAGUCAGUCACCUGACUUUUUCCCACAGCGCCCACUAGUGACUGUUUUAGUUGAUUAGUCUAUGCAACACUGAGCAUAAAAUUAUCUGACUUCUGGCUGUGAUAUACAGUCAUGGGAAAAAGAAUGUAAACCCUCCUUCAAUUCUGUGUUGUUUUUUAUUUAUCAGUGCCUAAAUAACAAUUGUGUGGUCCUCACUAACUUCUGUAAACAAAUAACCGCAGGUUACAAAAAAACAAGAUUGUGCCAGAUGUGACUAAUAAAAUGCACAAAAUGAAUUAAUCAUAAAGAAGAACUUUUGAAGUUUGGUGUUCUGUAGCACUCAGGUGUGUGUCUACAUCAUGCCACGAAGAGAGGAUAUCAGCCAUGACCUAAAUAGAUUGAAUACACUGGAUACAGAGGUUACUGAUCUGGGUUACUGAUCGGAAGGUCAGGGAUUAAAGCCCCAGAGCAGUCAAGCUGCUGCUGUAUCUGAGCUGUAUCAUGGCUGACCCUGCGCUCUGACCCCAGCUUCCAAGUACAAUCCAAGGGAUAUGCGAAAAACUGCAUUUCAUAGGCUCUGUACUUGUACUCUGCACAAUGACAAUAAAGUUGAAUCUAAUCUAAUCUAAUAGUGAUGCUUGAAAGGUACUAUAAGUAAAACAAUGUAUUUCUAUAAUUGUGUAUAACAUUCUGUACAGGAAUGCAGGAAAAUUUAAAAGAUUUUGUAUACCUUUAAAACUAGACAUGUGUGUGUGUAAUAAAAGUAUUUCAUAAAAAAAGAAAAACUACAAGUGUAUAAUGCUGCAUUAGUAUCAGCAGGACAGCUAUCUGUAUUAAAUUUAUUUUUUGCUCUUUUUGCAUUUCAAAAGUUAUGACAGAUUGCAGCAAGAGGAAAUAUGACAUGCUGUGUGUUACAACAUUGUGAAAUUUUUUACAAGUAAAAUGUAACAAUAAAUAUGUAAAUAGAGUUAUUUUUGACUCUCUAUAUGAAGGAAAGCAUGGUUACAGAAUUGUAUUUAGCGUAACAGAGUUAAUGUUGCAUGUUGCUUGUUUUACUCUGUUAGUGUUGGCACAUUUCAUGUACUGGUUGUAUAUUAUAUUCAGCCAUGUGAAUGCAGUGCUUCCUGGUUUAUUACAAUAUCAGUGUCACUAUAAUAUAGUGUGUUUGAUGUUGGACAACUUAAAUUAAACACAGAUAAAAAUCCA